GAACUGAGCUCGGACACUAGCUAACACAACUCAGUAUGCCGCCAGCUGUCAGUCGCAACAGAUCGUACAUAGGAGUGAAAUGGCCACCAGCAAGUGGGAAUCCGACGAGGAGAUACAGUACUUCCGCGAGUAUCUGCGCAUCCCAAGUGUUCAUCCCGAUCCGGACUAUGCACCAUGUGUCGAGUUCCUAAGACAACAGGCAAAUCUGAUGGAUCUGCCGAUAAAAGUGUAUUACCCAGCAAAUGAACAGAAUCCCGUGGUGGUUUUGACAUGGGAAGGCCUCGAUCCCGAGUUGCCCAGCAUUCUGCUAAACUCCCAUAUGGACGUGGUGCCCGUGUUCCCGGAAAAUUGGACACACCCACCAUUUGGAGCCGACAUCGAUGAGGAGGGUCGCAUUUUCGCCAGGGGAACACAGGAUAUGAAGUCCGUGGGAAUGCAGCACCUCGCCGCCAUUAGAGCGCUGAAAAGAAGUGGAGCGAAAUUCAAACGAACCAUCCACAUCUCAUUUGUGGCGGAUGAGGAGAUGGGCGGUCGCUAUGGCAUGCGACCUUUUGUGCCCACGGACGAUUUCCGUGCUCUUAAUGUGGGAUUUGCAAUGGACGAGGGACUGGCUUCACCCGAUGAGCAUCUUCCCCUUUUCUAUGCAGAGCGAGCAGUUUGGCGUGUGUACUUCAACAUCGGUGGAACUGCGGGCCACGGAUCGCUUUUGCUGCCCAAUACAGCUGGUGUUAAGCUGAACUACAUAGUGGGGAAGAUGAUGGAGUUUCGCAGGAGUCAGGUGCAGAGGUUGGAGAAUAAUCCAGAUUUGGUCAUUGGCGAUGUCACGACCAUUAACUUGACCAAAAUUGCUGGCGGAGUUCAGAGCAAUGUGGUGCCUCCUUCGCUGAUGGUCUGCUUCGAUUGCCGCUUGGCUCUGGACGUGGAUUUCGAGGAGUUUGAAGCUAAUCUGCACAAAUGGUGUGACGAUGUGGGUGGUGGCAUCGAGAUCACCUACGAGCAGAAGCAGCCCAAAGUCCCGCCCACCGCCAUCGACGAUAGUAAUCCUUUCUGGCUGGCUUUCAAGAAAGCCACCGAUGAGAUGCACAUCUCCAUCAAGCCACAAAUAUUUACCGGCGGCACUGACAGCAGAUACAUCCGUGCCGUUGGCAUCCCAGCCUUGGGCUUCUCCCCCAUGAACAACACACCUGUGCUCCUCCACGAUCACGAUGAGUUCAUUCAGGCGGACAUCUAUCUGCGCGGUGUGCAGAUAUUUCAGAGAAUUAUUAGCAACGUAGCUAAUGCCUAGUUAAUCCCUCUUAAAUGGUAUACAUAUUUUUGUUUGUUGUAUAUGAUAACGGUUAUAAGAUAAAUAAACUCACUGAAACAAUGGCUAUUU